CGUUGCCGGUGGCGCAGAGCGGCUGAGGCGAUGGAGCGGGGCGGAACCGGCGGUGCGGAGCGGGCCCCGGCUGGGGCCGCGCUGAGGGGGCAGGCGGCCGGCGCCUGCGGGCCGUGGGAGAUGCGGGACCGCCUGGGCACCGGCGGCUUCGGUAACGUCUGUCUGUACCAGCACCAGGACUCGGGCGCUCGGGUGGCCAUCAAGUCCUGCCGGCUGGAGCUCAGCGUCAAGAACAAGGACCGCUGGUGCCAUGAGAUCGAUAUCAUGAAGAAGUUGAGCCAUCCCAAUGUAGUUAGAGCCUGUGAAGUUCCUGAGGAGAUGAACUUUCUGGUUAAUGAUGUUCCUCUCCUGGCAAUGGAAUAUUGUUCAGGGGGUGACCUCCGUAAGCUGCUAAACAAACCAGAUAACUGCUGUGGACUUAAGGAAAGUCAGAUCCUUUCUCUGCUUAGUGACAUUGGGUCUGGUAUCCAGUAUUUGCAUGAAAACAGAAUUAUACACAGAGAUCUAAAGCCUGAAAAUAUCGUUCUUCAGGAUGAAGGUGGGAAGAUUGUUCACAAAAUAAUAGACCUGGGGUAUGCAAAGGAUCUGGAUCAAGGAAGUUUAUGCACUUCAUUUGUUGGAACGUUGCAAUAUUUGGCUCCAGAACUCUUUGAAAAGAAAUCCUACUCCGUUACUGUUGAUUACUGGAGCUUUGGAACGAUGGUGUUUGAAUGUAUUGCAGGAUUUAGACCUUUCUUGCACAAUCUGCAGCCAUUUACCUGGCAUGAAAAAAUCAAGAAGAAGGAUCCAAAGCACAUCUUUGCUUCUGAAGACAUGAACGGGGAGGUUCGCUUUAGUACCCAUUUACCACAGCCUCACAGCCUCUGUGGUUUAAUUGUAGGACCGAUGGAAAAUUGGUUGCAACUGAUGCUGAAUUGGGAUCCACAACAGAGGGGUGGAAGUUUAGAUCCUGAGUCUGGUCGUCCAAAGUGUUUCCUAAUAAUGGAUUACAUACUGAAUUUGAAGAUAGUGCACAUCCUAAACAUGACCUCUGCCAAGAUCAUUUCAUUUCUCUUGCAUCCCGAGGAAAGCUUUCAUUCCCUUCAGAUUCGGAUUGAGUUUGAAACUGGAAUAAGCACUGGAAAUCAGGAACUGCUGUUAGAGACAGGGAUUUGCCUGGACCCUCGGAAACCUGCUUCCCAGUGUGUGAUCGAUGGCGUAAGAGGCUGGGAUAGCUACAUGGUGUAUUUGUUUGACAAAAGCAAAACUGUCUAUGAUGGACCCUUUGCUUCUCGGAGUCUGUCUGACUGUGUAAAUUACAUUGUACAGGACAGUAAGAUCCAAUUACCAGUUUCUCAGCUGCGCAAGGUAUGGGCCGAAGCAGUUCACUACGUGAUUGGGCUGAAGGAAGAUUAUAGCAGGCUCUUCCAGGGCCAGAGAGCUGCCAUGCUCAGUCUGCUUCGGUACAAUGCUAACCUGAUCAAAAUGAAAAACAAUAUGGUGUCAGCAUCCCAGCAACUGAAAGCCAAACUGGAAUUCUUUCAUCAAAGCAUUCGCCUUGACCUGGAGAGAUACAGUGACCAGAUGGCUUAUGGCAUCUCUUCAGAGAAGAUGCUCAAAGCCUGGAAGGAGAUGGAAGAGAAGGCCUCUCAGUGUGCACAGGCUGAAGAUAUUGGCUAUCUGGACGAGCAGAUCAUGGCUCUGCACACAGAGAUUGUAGAACUUCAGAAGAGUCCAUAUGCGAGGCGCCAAGGAGAGGUCAUGGAGAGCUUGGAACAGAGAGCCAUAGACCUGUACAAGCAAUUAAAAACAAGACCUCCAGAUCAUGCCUACAGCGACAGCACAGACAUGGUGAAGAUCAUUGUGCAGACAGUACAGAGCCAAGACCGAGUUCUCAAGGAGCUCUUCGGCCAUCUCAGCAAGCUCUUGGGCUGUAAGCAGAAGAUCAUUGACUUGCUUCCAAAGAUUGAAGUGGCUUUAAAUAACAUCAAGGAAGCUGACAACUCAGUGAUGCAGAUGCAGGGCAAAAGACAAAGGGAGAUCUGGCAUUUGCUGAAAAUUGCUUGUACUCAGAGCUCUUCUCGAUCACUGGUAAGCUCCAGCCUGGAAGGGACAGCCUCAACAGCAGCAGCCCCAUGGCUCCCACAGGGCUCCUCUGGGAAUGUACUUCAUCCUCUGUCCUCUUUAGCAACUCCUGAAGAUGGGGAGAAUUUUGUCCAUGUCAUAGAAGAGAAUCUGAAUUACCUUGAACUCUUUAGCAGUAUUUUGCAGGAGGUGAGACAGGAGCAGAACAACAGUGUGAUGAGUUUCGAUUGGAGCUGGCUCAAAUAACCCAAGGAGCCGAUGUGCUGCUGCCUGCAAAGUGCCUGCGUGCUGAGGGGUGGCUUGGCAUUGAUGUGACUGCCCCAUCCACCACCGUGUGUUCUGUAACCCUUCCUGGAGUCGGUUCCAAAGCCGUGUGGUGCUCAGAUCCAGCAAUAACACCCAGGGUUUUCCAUGCUGCUGCCUUGUUGGGUUCUCAACUCAACCACUGCCCCUUGGAGACACACCUGCAGUGCUGGCUGCCUUCCUCCGCCAUGGGCAGGAGCGGGGACACCGGUGCUGGGGGCUUGUCCCACAGAGCUUAUCCCUAGAGACAGAAGGAAGGGAGGAGAGGGAAUGAUGGCAGCUGCCUCAGGACCGGGAUGCUGCUUUCCCUCUCCCCCCCGCGCUUCUCACGUGUGUAAUAUGAAUGUAUAGAUUAUAUAUAUAUUAUAUAUAUAUUUUAAAUAGAAUUGAUUGCAAUAAACGCUGUGGC